AUUGAAGAUAAAAUAAAAUAAAAUACAAAAUACAGAAAAAAAAACUGAAUUGAGUCGGUCCGUCCCAGCUCAAGGAUUAAUUGAAGUAUUUCACUUGGCGUCUCCUCUCACAGAAAUAGCCAAGAUCCCGGGUGUAAAUGAACAAACUUAUAAUCGGCCCAACGUCAUUCGGGACUCUGCCUCCUCAAACUUUGUUGGUUGAGGUUUAGCAAAAAAGCUUCAUAUAGGCCGGAGUCCAGGAUGGGGUUGACCUGGUUAUAAUAAGUGGUAGAGAAUCCGAUUUCUUAUACAAAUAUAUGGAAAAUUUGCCAGCACCAAAGACUGAAACACCAUUGCAGCGUUUGAGGCGGGCAGUUUCGCGAGUGCCUUUGUUUCCCCGGAAGAAAUUUGUGCAACCGGAUUUAGAUGACAGGGAAAUACUGUUUAACCCGGAUACGUAUCAUCCUAGUCUAAUUUCUCCCGGAUCAAUAUCUAAAACACAUCCCGACGGGUCUACACUUAAAGGGGAAGAUCGAGAUCUCAAGGAUUUGGAAACUGAUUUAAGUUUAGAAGACGAGUUUUAUAUUCUCGACAUUGGUGACAUAUCACCGCCGCAGUUACAUAGCGACAAUUCCUUUAAUAACUUUGGGAUAAUUCCAGACGUUAACCGUAACUUCUCUACGUCGCCCCCCAGUGAAGGAUUACCCAGCGAUCCAACUGGUAUUUGGGACGAGAGACGAAACGAGGACCAAAGACGAAACAAAGACCAGAGACCAGACGAGGACCAGAGCCGUCAAACCAACGACGAGGCUAAGAGACCAGACACUCCCUGGGAAGAACCAAUACAAGUAAAUAAACUAGGACUCACAAAUUUUGAUAACUUGGUGAGAAUUCCAAGUCCAGUACAGCAGCCUACUACAAAUUCAGUGCCGCAGCCCAUUACAAGUCCAGUACAGCAGCCUACUACAAAUUCAGUGCAGCAGCCCAUUACAAGUCCAGUUCAGCAGCCUAUCGCAAGUCCAGUGCACCCGCCUAAAAGACCAAAAACCUCUCGGGCUAACCGAACUUUCCCGACUACUACCACCCCAUCCGUUAGUGGCCAGGGAAACGAACACUUGGAUAUUUCCGAUAACGACAAUAGUUUUGUGCCGGACCCCCUGCUUCAGGAUCCCACUGCCGAUUUCUCGUUCGACGAACAAAGACAUUCUUUUUAUAAUAUUUUAGGACAUCCUGGCAACGAACAAAGUUUGGACGAAAACAGAUUUAAGGUUUAUUCGGAUAGGACGAAGUCAGGUAGGACACAAAAGUUUUUAAAAAUGUCUUCCACCAUUAAGUUAGAAAAAUUUAAAGGGGAUGGUACUCAAAAUGUGAUUGCAUGGUUGACUAAUUUUUUUCAAUGGGCAAAGUUUCAUGAUUUGCCAGAUAACAAGAUUGUAGAUGCGUUUCCUUUUUAUUUGGAGGGACACGCGAAGGUUUGGUAUGAUGCCUUACCCGUGCAACAAAAAUCAAAUCCUAGUACAAUUCAAAAUUUGUUUCAAGAACGGUUUCAAGAACUUGACAAUUUUUUGGAUUUAUCUGUUUUGCAAAUGAAACAAAAUGUAACAGAGUCGGUAAGCGACUAUUUGACGAGAAUAGUCAAAACAGCGUCAAUCAAAAAUGUGCCGGAAAAUGUUUUGUUAUCAGUCGCUAUGAAUGGGUUAAGAAACGAUCUUUAAAUUUUUGUUGUUACUCAAAACCCCAAGACAAUGGAGAGAUUAAGACAAAUCGCUUUAUUAGCAGAGAAAUCCCAACCAUCGCAAAUAAGUGCUUUAGAAACUUAUGAAAAUUUAUUAUCGGAAAUAAGAAACAUAAAAGAGGAAAUUUUGAAACCCGAAAUCAAUGCUGUUGGUCAAGGGUUCCCACAGCAAGGUUACUCCCCACCCUAUUAUGCACAACAACAACAAUUCGUGCCUAUAUUGCCACCACCAAGACCGCAAUAUUACACAAUGCAACAGCAGCGUCCUCGGUACAAUAAACAAUAUACACCACAAUUUCAGCAACAGAGAUAUCGUGCCCCGAGACGCUAUAGGGCUACUAAUCUGCAAACUAAAACUGCUUACAACCCUACUAACACAUUCCAUCCCCGCAUGAGUUUCCCCACAUGUUAUUUCUGCUUGGGAAGGUGUUCGGAUAGAAAUAGG